CUGGGACACAGCGGCUGUUAGCUUCUCUGUGACAGGGAGGCACCAACAAAACUGCAAAAAUGGGCUUUACCGUGCGCGUGGAGUACUGCGGGGGAUGAGGUUACGGGCCCCGCUAUCAGGAGCUCGCCCGGACGGUGAAGGAUGAGUUUCCUGAGGCGGAUGUGUCUGGCUUCGUGGGAAGAAGAAGCAGCUUUGAGAUCGAAAUCAACGGUCAGCUGGUCUUCUCCAAGCUCGAGACGGGCGGCUUCCCCUAUGAGGAUGAUAUCAUGGAUCAAAUCCGAAACGCAGCUUCUGGAAAAAAUGUAAAAAAGAUCACCAAAAGCCGCCCUCCAUGUGUCAUCAUGUAAGCACCCAUCCGUGAGCGGCAGGGCAUCGACGGGCAGCGUCUCCACCAAAUCCGCUUUGCAACGCACCUCCUGACAUGAUCCUGACAUCUACAGAGGCUCCAACUCCCAACACCAUCUGGACUUUUGCCUAUAUUGGAGGAUCAGCCUUUUCUAAUACUAAACCUUGCUCUCUGGCUCCUCUCCCAGUCAACAUCUCGGGACUCUAGGCUGUUAAUGAUUAUAGUAGCUCCAAAUAACAGGGUUACUGUAUGAUGAGUCCAACCUCGAGUCCCUCCUGAUGUGAAUGAAGAAAAGGAGAAGAGAGCAGACAUGCCCUGACGCCUCACUGUUUGUUUCUUUCGCCUAAAACAAAUUUUUGUAUCGUUUUAUCAGAUUGUGGUUAGGAUUUUAUAUAAAGGUAAUGCAACAUGAUGGUAUGUCUGAAAAGACGUGCUCUGUACCUCAGUCUCUCCUACCACUCAAGGCAUUUCUGCAUUUACAUUUUGCAUUUGAAAAAAUCCAGGAAACAUUGAUGUUUGGUUUUGUGUCGCAGAUUAUUAUUAUUUUAACUCUUCAGGUAUGACUGCCACUGUAAAAUCAGGUCACACAUACUGUAAUCUCUUGUGAUUGUUUAAAUAAAUGCCAUAAAUCUUAA